CUAGUCUUUCCCAAACCAACAUCUUACUCGCUUUGUCAUACAGCUGUCAUUAUAUACACAUUUGAGGUAGCAGAGUUCUAUAUAUACAGUCUAUACAUACAUGGAUGUGUUCAUUCCUGAAGAGUAUGUGAUGCGGAGAAGAAGCGAGAAGAAGAGGCUUGCCGCUGCCACGGCGGGCAGGAGGGAGGAGGAGGAGGAAUCUCCGUCAUCGUCGUCGUCGUCGAGGAAGAUGGAGGAUCAUUAUCUUCAUCAGAACAGCAAGGGAUCAUUGCUAGUUGCUCAUCAUAGUGGGCUCACUGAAAAUGUCAUCUUCACCACAUGCUUCUCCCCUUAAUUAUUAAUUAAUUGUUACUUACUUCCCCACUUCUGCCUAGAUAGCUAGCAAGCCCAUACAAAUAUGCUGUAUUAAUUAAUUCCCCUUUCCCCUGCCUCUAUAUUAUAUAUAUAUAUGUAAUACAAUAUAUAUAGAAAUGUGAGGAAAUUGUUUUGGUGCGUUGUUCCACUGCAGAAAUUUCUUUUUUCUGCACUGGGCUUCAUCUUGUCCAUUGUCCUUUUUUUUUUGCUCCAAGUCUGAAUAAUGUGAAACUUGAUGUAGUUUGUUCCGGUAGCAGAAAUUGGAUAAUAUUCCUCCCUUUUCACCAAGUGAGAAACAUUUUGCCCAGACACAACUAAAGGGCCUGAGAUCCAAUUGUGAUAUAUAGAUACAGGUCCACAAUCACUGGGUCUGAUGUAUUACCCACAAGCCCAUCCAAAUAACGGCCCUACUCUAAGAGGUAAGAAAUGAAUUUAAGGUGGGUCUAGCCCAUGUUUCACUUUGUCUUCUCGGCUUUCCUUUGCCAGAUUUACAAACGAAUUUAAAGAGUAAAAUCACUUUUAGUUCAACAAAGUCAGGAUGGCCGAGUGGUCUAAGGCGCCAGACUCAAGUUCUGGUCUUCGAAAGAGGGCGUGGGUUCAAAUCCCACUUCUGACAUUUUUUUAGUUUUUCACUUAUUUUUUCCACUGGCUCAGGCUGGAACGUGUGGGUUUCUGAAAUCCAAACUAUGUAUCCUUCCAUUACCUGAUGGGUAAAGGUUGAGGAAUAUGUAUUCGUGGGUGAUUGACGGUGCCUGAUGAAUGGAUGGUUUUGUGCAUGUCUAAACAUGCAUUAUUCAUUUGAACAACAUGAGAUUAAUUGUUUACGAGUGAAGAAUAGUGUGAUUUGGAAGAGAAAUUUGAUACAUUUAUUCGUGGGUGAUGACGGUGCCCGAUGAAUGGAUGGUUUUGUGCAGGUCUAGAUAUGCAUGACGACAUUCAUUUGAACAACAUGAGACCAAUUGUUCACGAGUGAAGAAUAGUGUGAUUUGGAAGAGAAACUUGAUACAUUUUUUCCGAAUCGUUUAGAUCGUGAAAUGUAAUGAUAAAUUUGGAUUGAAUCGCUCAUUUGAAAACUCAUACCGUUUGUAUUUGUAUUUUGUAUAGAAUCGGAUUUGAGAUUUCAAUCUAAGAAAUCAAUAUUUCCCUCCAUCUUUUGUAGAAAAACAUCCAACAUACAGGAAUGAACACCAAAACCCGGAACGCAUAACCCCAUAAAAAAAUCAAGCUCCAAUCACCUUCGGCAGACCAAUCUCGUCUUCUUCAACUUCAUAUGCAGAGCUUCCUCCUCUCCAGCUUUGCCUGCUUCCAAGACCCCAACCCAAAUCCAAACGAAUCCACUGCUCUCUCGCCUCAAAAUAGGUCAAUAACACAAACCCAUUCUAUGCAAAUUGUUGAUGCUAAUACUCUAAGUUAAUACAUAUUUUUUUCUCUUUUUCAUGGAUCAAACUUAAGAUAACCAAAUAAAUAAACUAUAUAACACCUACAUCGAUCCAAAGAUCAUGAAAAGGGAAAAUAAAAUAUUCAAGGAGUUGUCAGAACUCUAAUAUUAUACAAUAUGCUUAAUUCCACUGUUAAUAUUGUGAAUGAAGUAACUCAAACCAAUUGUUAACGUCAGGGUCGUGAAAAUUCAAACCACGGAUUAUUUGAUCAAAAUAGACUCUCAUAGUGAUGUCAAGAACCAUUUGAUUCCAAUAAAUCGAAAUUUUUUUU